AUGCUAUACCCCCUGCUAUUAAGAAAUCCCACUAAAGGGAGCAGGUCAGCGAAUCUUUGCAAUACCUCUUCGGACUUACCUGUAGGGAUUGCAUUCUCUGUAAACCAUAUGAAGGCCAUAAUGUCAGAUUUAAUUACACAUAUCAGUGAUAGUUCGUUCGAAGAUGAAGUCAUCAAUUCAUCGACUCCAGUUAUCGUUGAUUACUGGGCGGAGUGGUGCGGCCCGUGCAAAAUGAUCGCACCCCUUCUAGAAAACAUUGCCACGAACUAUGAAGGCAGGCUGAAAGUUGCAAAAUUGAAUAUAGACGACAACCCACUGACGCCACCCAAGUAUGGAAUUCGCGGAAUUCCAACCCUGAUGAUUUUCAAGAACGGCGUGGUUGAAGCUACCAAAGUCGGUGCCGUGUCAGAAUCUCAACUAACGUCAUUUAUUGAUGAAACCCUUUAG